AUGCCAGAAACGAUAAACAAUAACUUUACUGGUGAAAACAGCGAAAUGAGAGCAGAACAUGCAGACGAAAGUGGUGUGGCAAAUGGCGGCAUUAAAGUGACGACACAAUCCAGAGUGGCAAAAAAGGAUGUUAAGAAGAAGAAAAAGAAGGAUAAGUGUUGCUUUGAGAAGUGUAGCAGCAGUGCUGUGAAGUUUAUUGGCGAUUGCAACUUCUGUGAUGGUCAUUUCUGUUCGAAACAUAGACUUUUGGAGAAUCACCAAUGUCAGGGUUUGAAAUCCUGUAAGGAUCAAAUGCAUCAAAGAAACGCUGAUAAGUUACACAAGGAGCAACCUAUUGUACCAAAGAUUCACAUCUAA